GGUAAACAAUGAGACAGCACCACAUGUUUAUAGUCUAUAUAUAGUGGCGGUUUUAAUUGUGGACUAAUUGGCGGCCAUUUUACUAAUUUGUGGUAUAUUUGGUUACCGCACUAUAUACCAAGAAACCUCAUUUAUUUUGGUACAAGACGCUUUGAAAACAUAAGGUUACUAUUGUGACAUUUUGCCAAAACUGUGUUCAAUAGAAAAUUGGCGAUGCGAUGGCUUGCAAAUACUUCUUCAAUUAAAAUAUGUGCGAUAUGCCAUUCUUAAGAGUCAUGUUUAUUCGAAAAAAAAUUGUUAUGAGAUAAAAGAGUCCUGUUUUGAUACCUGUUCUAAUCUAUCAUGGUCCAAAAUUUAGUCGUGUUUAAUAUUUUGUAGUCGAAGCCGACGCAUUUUAUUUUUACCUGUUCAUUGUUACAUGUUAAAACAAGCGAUUAAAACCUGACGCAAGUUAUAAGAACAGAACUAUGCUCGUUGCUAGACUUAAUCUUCGUCAUUAACUCCAAACCUACCAAAUUCUCGCAAACCAAAUCAGACUAUGCUACCAUAGUUUUAGACAUCAGUUACAUAUGCUACAACAGCAAAACUUGCUAUAUUGAGUUUGGAUACCAUCUCUGCGCAAAAUUAUACCUCAAUUUUUAAACUUGGUAUACGUCUAAGUGUAACGCGCAUUUUCUCUGCAUUUAGAACUUUACACUGUCUAUUGUUAAAAAAUACUUCUAGCUCUUUUCUGCAGUUUGUUCAGGCUUUGAUAAAUUACAUCGAAUUACUAAAGCUUCAAGCUACAAUGAUUUUGAUUAUUAUAAUAUUUCUUUGAAACUAAAUUUAAACCAUUUGAAAAAAUGUCCGGAAACUACGAAAUUGUUAAAACUGACAAAGAAAAAUAUGUCAACUACAAAGUCUACGUCAGAUCCAGCAAUGAGACUUGGUUUGUGGUGCGGCGCUACAAGGAGUUCCGUACAAUGUACGACAGACUCAAAAAGAUUUACCCAGAUGCUGGCCUUGUAAUUCCUCCGAAGAAAGUUUUCGGAAACUUCAGCCAGAAAACUAUAAAUGAGCGAGUCAACGGACUUAACAAUUUGGUAAGCAAGAUCAUUGUUACUCCCGGAGCUUUGAGCGAACCAUGCGUGGUAGAAUUUUUCAACACGAGAAGUUUCCCGGGGAUGGGUGAGGAAACCGACGACGACCAACAACCCCAGUCGGACGACACGGACCCGAACAGAGACCGCCACGAGGGUAGUUCCUUCUACGGAACAAAAGCCACUCCGAACGACUUCGAGUUUAAAACAGUGAUCGGGAAAGGAAGUUUCGGAAGAGUUUACUUGGCAAAACACAAGGAAUCAGGCAGACACUACGCCGUUAAGGUUUUGCAGAAAAGUAAAUUGAGGUCGGACAGAGAGAAGCGACACUUGAUGAGCGAAAGGAACGUCCUUGUGAACAACCUCGAACACUCCUUCCUGGUCUCCCUCCACUACUCCUUCCAGACCCCGGCCAAGUUGUUCUUCGUGCUGGACUUCGUCAAUGGAGGCGAGUUGUUCUACCACCUUCAGCGGGACAGAAACUUCACAGAAGAGCGGGCCAAAUUCUACGCAGCGGAGAUCGCAUGCGCAUUGGGAUAUCUACAUUCGAGGAAUAUUCUAUACAGAGACAUGAAACCCGAGAACUUGUUGUUGGAUCGAAUGGGUCACGUGGUCAUUACUGACUUCGGACUGGCGAAGGACAGGAUGGACGAGUUGCCAGGUCGGAUGACGCAGACCUUCUGUGGCACCCCCGAGUACCUGGCUCCCGAGGUGCUUCUGAAGCAGCCCUACUCGUAUGCUGUCGACUGGUGGUGUCUCGGAUGUGUGCUCUAUGAAAUGAUAUUCGGAGUGCCUCCCUUCUACCACAAAGUCACAAGCAAACGUCAUCACAGAGUGUUGAUGGAACCAUUAGUUUUCGAGGGCAGGGGUAAACGAAAAAAAAUGUCCAAAACGGGUGAACAUUUCAUACGCAGUCUAUUGAUGCGGAACCCACUUGAGCGCCUUGGAAGUCGGGGAGGUGUCGGGGAGCUGAAACGUCACCGGUUUUUUCUAGACAUCGACUUCAGAAGCAUCUUAAGCAAAACCUUUGAUCCGCCCUGGAUCCCCGACUUCGAACAAUCAGGUGAAGACGAGACGAGGUUCAUAUCGAAAGAGUUUCUCGGAAAGAGAGGGUCCAUGGUGGAUCCGCCUCCUGCUUUUGAAGCGUGUCUUUAUAAUGAGUUCGAAGGUUUCAGCUGGGAGUACCAACUAUCGCCUAUUGAAAUGACAGUGCGUCUUCCCCCGCCGGAUAAUAAAGCAAACAAGUACGAGCUAUCACUAGAAAGUUCCAGCAAUUCUUUGUUGUAAAAAUACAGCAAUCAGAAAGCGCUGCAAUGAACAAAAAAAACAUUAUAAAUUUAUUUUCAUUUCGGUGCCCCAAAACUCCGCCACAUGCUGCAAUAAUUUGAAAUUGAACUAAGCUUUCGUAGAAAAUAAUUUUUAGUUUAUUUAGUAACAUGGCUGCAAUAAUUUGAAAUUGAACUAAACUUUCGUA